AUGUACAAAAGUGCUAUUUUUCUACUUUUCAUUAUUGUCAGCACAUCGAAUAAGUAUGUAAUUGCCGACAAUGACGAGGAUACGUCGACAGAUCUGUACGUUGUCGAAGGGAAGGUAUUUCCUUGGGAAAACGAAGUACCAAAUGGAUGGCAGUUAAUGACUCAUGUCAUGGUUAAUGGUGGAGAACAUUAUGGUUUCUUAAGGGAAGAUGGAACCUUCAUUAUUUCAAACGUACCUUCAGGAUCAUAUAUAAUCGAGGUUGUAAAUCCAAACUGCGUUUACGAACCUGUUAGAGUAGAGAUUAACUCAAAAGGAAAAUUCAGAGCAAGGAAAGUUAAUUUGAUACAAACAUCUCAAGUAAUACAAGUUCCAUAUCCAUUAAAAAUGAGGCCACUCACGCCAUUCCGUUAUUUCCAAGUUAGAGAACAGUGGAGAGUAACAGAGUUUUUAUUCAAUCCUAUGGAGAUGGAGCAAAUAAAUAAUUUCACCAAUUACAAUAUGCCAGAAAUGUCUGAAGUAAUAACAUCGUUCUUAUCUGGUGGAGAAAAACAAAAAUCAAAAGCAGUGAAAGCUGCAAAAAAGAGGCAAUAA